CGAGGUGUUUUAAAAGUUAGUGUGAAAAAUGGGCGGUUGUUUUAGAAGGAGAGAAAGUAUAAACAAUGAGAACCAAAUUUCUAAAAUUCAUACCCAAACGUUCUUUGAUACCAACAAACUUUUGCUUCUUGGUACAGGCGAAUCAGGAAAAACCACCAUCAUAAAACAAAUGAAAAUAUUACAUAUAAACGGAUUUUCAAACGAGGAAAAACUUGAAAAAAUAAAAAACAUUAAACAAAAUAUACACGAGUCAAUAUAUGACAUCGUCUUCAAUAUGAACCAGGUUAAUCCACCAACAAAAUUUAACAGCGAAGAAGCUUUAAAAGCAGGAGAAUAUAUUUUAAAUAUUGGGAAAGAAGAACCAGUUGAAUAUACCGAGGAAUAUUAUGAUAAUGUGAAAACUGCAUGGGCAGACGAAGGAGUCCAAGAAACUUUUAGAAGAUCAAAUGAAUUUCAAUUAAUUGAUAGUGCUCAGCACUUUUUAGAUCAAGUGGAUAUUAUACGAAAACCAGAUUACAUACCAACAGUAGAAGACAUACUUGUUUGCCGGGUUAUGACGGUGCAAAUAUCCAAAAUAGAAUUUUCGCUUCCAGUACCGAAGAAAUAUGGUGGCGGAUUGGCAAAUUUUUUUCUAUAUGACGUAGGCGGUCAACGUGGUCAAAGAAAACAAUGGAUUAAAGUGUUUGAUGAAGCCAUCCAAGCAAUAUUGUUUUUAAUUGCAGCUAGCGAUUUUGACUUGACCCUUAGGGAAGAUGGAGCUAAAAAUCGUUUGAAAGAGUCGUUUGAAUUGUUUCAAAAUAUUUAUAAAAACCAGUAUCUACAAACUUCUGGUUUAAUUGUAUUUCUAAAUAAACAAGACAUACUGGAGAAAAAAAUAAAAGAGGGUCGAAAACUAGAACCAGCUUUUCCCGAAUUCAAGAACUAUGAACCAAAAGAAAAAGAUUGUAAUGCAAAUGACUAUUACGAAAAAGCAAAAUAUUUUAUGCGGCAAAAAAUUUACGAUAUUGCACAAAAACCCGUGGUUAUUGAACGAGCUGUAAGGGGAACACUAGUAACUGAAGAGUUACCAAAAAGAAAACCUUAUAUUCAUUUUACAGUUGCUACUAAUACUAAAAAUAUUAAAAAGGUUUUUGACAGCGUUCAAGAAAUUAUAUUGGAAAGAACGAUAAAUUUAUUAUAAUUACUAUAGUUUAUAAACAAUAUAUUCAUCCUAUCAA